ACGUCCCUGGAUAUUGCCCUCACACACUUAAUCGAAUGUGAUUAAGGCCGAGACGUCUGAAAAAAGGGAAACUGUCCCCAAAAGUGUGUGAAGGUUCACGGACAAUUAUAGCACCUGGACUUCGCCCGGCAGCCCCGGCCCCUCCUGCCCCGCUUGGCAAAGGAGCACAAAAACAUUUGGCUAAUGAGUUACGGGUCCGGCCCCGGGGCGGCCCUGCCAUCGCACCCCGACGGCCCCAAUCUGGGCUGGGACAUUUUGCAAUCUGGGAUAUUAUUUCUGUGCAGUUGGAGUUUAAACUUUGCCACUCGGGUCAGGGAAUCACAACGCAGGAGGAAGAGGAGGAGGGUGAAGGCCAGGCUUGUUGUCUUCCACGCUCAUCUGUGCUCAGACAGAGUUGAGAGGACAAUCCAUGGCAUCUCACUCAGCCAUGGCCUCCAGCGUGGGCAGCCUCGAGAGCCUGGACCUGCUGGAUCUCCUCUUCGACCACCAGGACGGGAUCCUGCGGGGGCUGGAGCUGGGGACACCGCCGGGAACCUGGCCCCAGGACAGGCGUGCCCCAGACAGCGAGGAGUUCCUGAGCUCCAUCCUGGCCUCCAGGGACUCGGUGUCAGACUCGUCCAGCUGGUCCCCAGCCACCAGUGACAGCGGGGUGUCCGAGGAUGCCCCCUCUGACCAGCACGACAGCCCCCCCGGGAGCUGUGAGGGGGGUCCCCAAGAGAUCCUGAACCCCUACACCAACCCCUGCCGGGCCCAGCCCCUCCCAGUGGGGUCUGGGGUCCUGCAGCCCGAGGUCUCCAUCGACCUGGACAUUUGGCACCCUGGGUUCUUCCUGGAGGAGAGCCAGGACCUGCCCGUGGUCCCCCCGCCCGCAUCCUGUGCUCUCACCGUCAAGGACCUGCUGCUCUCAGGCAGCUCUGACAAUCAGCCACAGGCUCCUGGCUCCCUGCUCCGGCCGAGCCAGGGCCACUUCCAGGAGCUGGUGCUGACGGAGGACGAGAAGAAGCUGCUGGCAAAGGAGGGGCUGACCCUGCCCACGCAGCUGCCCCUCACCAAGUACGAGGAGCGGGUGCUGAAGAAGAUCAGGAGGAAGAUCCGGAACAAGCAGUCGGCUCAGGAGAGCCGCAAGAAGAAGAAGGAAUACAUUGAUGGGCUGGAGAGCAGGAUGUCGGCAUGCACAGCCCAGAACCAGGAGCUGCAGAGGAAAGUCCUGCACCUGGAGAAGCAGAACUCGUCCCUCCUGGAGCAGCUGAAGAAGCUCCAGGCUGUGGUGGUUCAGUCGAGCAACAAGGCAGCACAGACAGGGACCUGCCUGGCGGUCCUGCUGCUCUCCUUCACCCUCAUCAUCUUCCCCUCCAUCAGCCCCUUCGCCCCCAGCAAGGCCGAGGCAAACGGAGACUUCAGGCCCGUGCGAGUUUUCUCCAGGUCCCUGCACAACGCCGCCGCCUCCCGCGUGGUUCACACGCAGCCCCAGGCUGGGGAGAAGCCCCUGGAGCCGCUGUGGUCGGAGCCCCUGGAGGAGGAGAGCCCCGAGUCCCUGCACGAGGCUUUGCAGGGCACAUUCCCCACACAGCCCAAAGGCUCCCUCCAGAACAGCACACGGGCAGCACUGGCCACUGAGGAGCUGAGCCAGGAGCACGGAGAGCACACCCAGGCUGUGCCAGGGGAUGGCACCGUGCCACAGCCGGCGCUGGCAGCCCUGGGCUGGGCCGAGCCCGGGCACGGCCUGGAGCCAGCGGAGGAGCUGUAGCAGAGCAGGGAGCAGGGGGAGCCAUGGGGUCACAGCACCUCAUCCCUCCAGGACAAACCCUCGGGGACCCCUCCAGGAUCUGCCCCGGAUGCUGGACCUGCUUGGCUUUGCUUGGAUUCUGUGAACUGGGAAGAGGAGACGGAUUCCCACUGGCCUUACUGGGAGGGAAGGGGCUGCUCCUGCCCCCCUGGCACAGUGGGAGUUGUGGAAGGGACAUGGGGUCACUCAGGAGCGAGAGGGGCCCUGGCCUGGCUGGCUGCUGAUGGUGCAAUUGGUUGGUUUUGUUCUUGGAUUUGUUUUGGUU